ACCAAAUCAAACCAUGGCGCUCCUUUCUGUUCCAAACAUCUCACUCCCCGUUCUCAUCAUCGCUUUUGUAGCGUUGUUUGCCCUUCACCGGAUUUACUUUGAGUUGACCACUGGUGCUCGACGGAGGCGGAUGAUCAGAGAGAAUGGCUGCGAGCCCGUGUACCAGUACCCUCACAAGGGGAUUGGUGGUAAAUUGCUUGGGUUGGACGUCAUCAAGGAAAUGGUAAAAUCGGGAAAGGAAGGCCGCAUGCACGAAGCCACUCGACUGAGGAACUUUUCCGACGGAAGAAAGACAUUGAAGGUCAAGGUUCUGAGACAAAGAUUCAUCUCGACCAUCGAGCCAGAGAACGUCAAGACCAUCCUGUCGACGAGGUUCGCCGAUUACUCGUUGGGUCGAAGACGGAAAGAAGUCUUUGUGCCCAUUUUCGGACACGGCAUCUUUGCCACGGACGGCGCUGCCUGGGAGAGGUCACGAUCCAUGGUGCGACCGAAUUUCACACGACAGCAAGUCGCAGAUCUCGACAUGUUCGAGGCGCACGUGUCUCAUCUGAUAGAUUCGAUCCCCCGGGACGGAUCUACAGUUGACCUACAGGAUUUGUUCUUCGGUCUGACCAUGGAUUCGGCGACGGAAUUCCUGUUUGGUCAAUCGACCAACACGCUGGCGCCGGGAUUGGAAACCAAGUCCGCCAAUGAGUUUGUCAAGGCCUUUGUAUAUGUCACCGAAACCGUCUCCAAGAAUUUCGCCUCGGGCGGUCUCACCGAAUACCUCCCGGACAAGAAAUGGAAAAAGAGCAUCCAGAUCAUGCACGACUUUGCCGACGACAUCAUCCGGGAAGCCAUGGAUGAAGCCACCAAGGAGAAGCAGCAGCCUGGGCGCAGCGGUCGUCGCUACGUGUUCUUGCGCGAACUGCUUCGGCAGACGCAGGACCUCUACGCGUUGCGCUCCGAACUCCUCAACAUCCUCCUCGCCGGACGGGACACCACGGCGGGUCUCCUUUCCAACACGUGGCACGUCCUGUCGAAGCGGCCCGACAUCUGGCGGAAGUUGAGGGCGGAGGUGGAGGAGCUCGGCGGCGAACGACCCGACUACGCGGCGAUCAAGGACAUGAAGUACCUGAAAUGGGUGUUGAACGAGUCGCUCCGCCUGAUGCCCGUGGUCCCGGGGAACAGCCGCGAGGCCAUCAGGGACACCGUCCUGCCGGUCGGCGGUGGUCCGGACGGCCAAUCGCCCGUGCUCAUCAAGGAGGGCGAGAUCGUCGCCUACUCCCCGUGGUCCAUGCACCGCCGGGAAGACUUUUACGGCCCGGACGCGCUGGAGUUCAAGCCGGAGAGGUGGGAGACGCUGAGGCCCGGUUGGGAGUACCUACCUUUCAACGGCGGCCCGCGCAUCUGCGUCGGCCAGCAGUACGCGCUGAUGGAGGCGAGUUACGCGACCAUCAGACUCAUCCAGACAUUCCCCAGGAUCGAAAGCAGGGACGAACGGGAAUGGAGGGAAUGGCUGACGAUCACCUUGUCGAGUGGUGUCGGUUGCAAGGUUGCCUUGUAUGAGAAGUGAGGAAAUAAGGGUAGGACACGAGAGACUUCUUCUUUUUCUGGAUCAGUAUGGCACGAGUCUGGAUCGUUUUCUCUACAGUACGCCUAAGGUGUAUUGUAAAGAUUGUUGUUUAUCAGCACUUUACCCACCUCAGCCCUUUUUUUCCAAACCAUUACGGCUUCGGCGUAUGAG